CUUGUUCCUGUGGGCUCCUACAGAGACUAGCAAGAGCAGCUCCUCUUCUAGCGAGUUAGUGACAACAGUCACGUUACGCUUUUAACGUUUAAUUGUUGAAAUGAUUAGGUUGUUGUGAAGGAGUACGUUUAAUGUAUCUUCUUGCAGCGCUGUCGUUAACGUUAAAGUAACAUUAGCAUUAAGUUGGAAGGUGGCUUCGGCGAACGUUAGCUUAAUUGCCAAAAGUCGCUGCAAGCCAGCUCAGCUAGCCGACUGCUAGAGGACAGCAACUAUGAAUAUCCUCCCAAAGAAGAGCUGGCACGUCCGCAACAAAGACAACGUCGCGCGCGUGCGGAGGGACGAAGCCGCAGCUGCGGAGCAGGAGCGCGAGGCCAAGCGUCGCGUGGAGCUUGCUGAGCAAGAGGCACGCACAGAGUAUCUUAGAAGGAAAGCUCGAGCUGCUCUUCAGUCAGAAGGAGGAAGGACAGAUGAUGAUGAUGAUGCUGGUAGGAGAGAAAGUGGAGCUCUGGAGCAUCUUAAUCUUUUUCCCUUGGAGGAGUCCUCACAGAAGAAGGGGAAUGAGGAGUAUCUCAGAGAGAAAAAGGAGGAAAAGGAGAAGCAGGAACGAGCCAUCGGCUUGCUGGUGUCUCUCGGACCCCAACCGGGGUCUGAGGUCACUCCAUGGUACUUGAAAACCAGCAAAGAAAAAGAAGAGAGGAAAGACAAAGAAAAGAAGAAGGGAAUAACUGAAGAGGAGAGAGAGAAGAAAGAUUUCAGACUGAAAGAUAGUUUAGACCCGUUGAAAGAUAUAAAGAAAGCGCUUGCUGUGAAGGAGAGAAAAGACCACAAGAGCAAGAAGUGGGAGAAAAAAGGGAAAAGGGAAAAGAAGAGCAGCGGUGAGAGCUCCUUAGAAAGGUUGCGUGCUGAGCGUUUGCAAAGGGAAGCUGAAGAGCGGAGGAGAGCCCAGGCCCUGCUCGACCAGAGGAACGGCAAAGGGAAGGACAGCGGGCUGGGGGGGGAGUUAGCUGAGAGGGACAGGCCAUACAACAGUGCGUACUUCCCAGAACUCGCACGAAAGCGUCAAAGGCGGGAUCGAGAGAGCUGGAGAGAUGAGAUAUUAAAAUCAUGAACUGUCUUUAUUGGUCGUUUGUGAGCUGCAGUGGACAGUUAAUGGGCAAACAUUGUGACCAGUGUGUUUCCGAAUGAAGCACAAGUAAAAAAGCCAAAUGAAGGUAUGCAGGAAAGUGAGACACUGUAGGUGUUGAGAGGUAGAUGUAUAAAACAUUGAGAGUACGUUCUAACCUGGUCACAGUAAUGUAAUGGCACCGCGUCUGCCACUUAUUUUUAUUUAUUUUUGCUCACCCAGAAAGGAAGAUUCUUGCGUGAUUGCCAGAGGUUAUGUUCAGCUGCAGUCUCUGCUGCCCCUGCAGCUUUUCACUCAUGAUCGCUACAGCAGGGCAGAUGGUUGCCUCACAGGGGGCUCGGAGCAGAGAAAACACCCGGCGAACAACUGCCAGCAUCAUUUGUAUUACCGCAAAAAUUCAAACUGAUUGUAAGGUGAUUGAAAACCAAACGCGAAAUGAACAACAGUCUUCCAGUAAAGAAAUUACUCUGUGGAGUAGAGCUGGAACAAUUAGUUGAUUAAUCAGUCAGCUGACUGAUAUAAAAAUGCCAGCAGUUUCAGCUUCUCCAAUGUUUGUAUCCUUGUUUUUGUCAUAUUACUUUACUGGAUCUCUUUUUUGGAUUGUGAGUGCUGGUUAGAUUAAACAAACAGUUUGAAGAUGUCA